AUGGUUCAUCGAUUGGCAAGGUCCAUAAGCAGGAGCUCGCUCCAAUGUCAAACUACGGGCUCGCGACCGAGACUCUCUGAAGCUGCCAGGUGGCAGACCAUUCAGCGUCUGCAUGCCGCCCAGGGACAGGGUUCGAACCGAUUUGUUCGGUACCAAAGCAGCAGCACCACCAGCUCGACUCUGAUUCCUCUCGGUCUCCCUCCGCCCCCUCCGCCACCUCCGCCCGCUACGCCUCUCCCUCUGCACGCCGUCAUUAGCACCUUUGAUCUCUUCUCGAUAGGUAUAGGACCCAGCUCGAGUCAUACCGUUGGACCUAUGCGCGCCGCAAAGAUCUUUACACACUCACUCCCCGCCCACCUCAUACCUCACAUUCACUCGCUGAAAUGCUCAUUGCACGGAUCUCUCGCAGCGACAGGCAUGGGCCAUAUGACACCUCAUGCUGUUCUCCUUGGACUCAUGGGCGAAGAUCCAGAAAGUGUCGAUACGACACGGCUCGGUAAAGUCCUCGACGAAGUCAGGGCUGUCGGUGAAGUCGAUUUGGGUCUAGUACAAGGUCAAACGAAGCGUGUCAAGUUUAGUAUAGAGAAGGAUUUGACGUGGCAUCUUCAACCGUUACCUGCCCAUCCAAAUGGUCUCAGAUUCACAGUAUUCAAUGAAUCUGGCGAUAUGUUGGCGACAAACGAGUACUUCUCCGUUGGAGGUGGUUUCGUCGUCAACAAGGAAACCCAGACUGCUGAGAAUUUAUACUACAUGGACAUUCAUCCCAGCAAUGCCGAGCCUUCGAGAAGAGAUCAAACGCAUGGCCAGGCCGCCCCGUCACCUACAAGUCCACCACCAGCACCGCUGCCACUUCUCCUAGCGUCUCCUAAUGCCACUGACACCCCAGCUUCACCACAAGAGGUCGAUCCCGCUGUUCCAAUUGUCCCCGGUCAACCGCCGUAUCUCUUCGCUACUGCCGCUCAACUGCUCGAGAUCUGUCGAGAACAGAAUAUGACCAUAGCUCAGGUGGUAUGGGAGAACGAAAGGGCGUUCAGAACCGAAUCAGAAAUCAGGGAGAAUACGAUGAAGCUCUGGGACGUCAUGGAUGAAUGCAUCCGGAAUGGAGUAACGUCGACCGAAGAACAUCUCCCUGGAGGUCUCAAUGUCCGACGCAGAGCGCCGGGUCUGUACAAAAGAUUACAGAAAGGGUUCUACAGUUCACCUGAUAUGGAACCUCCUAUCCGUCGGCCGUCGUCCAACGAGAGGCAUGAAUCCAAUGCUGGAGUCAAGAAAUCAACAGACGGUUCUACAGCAUUAUCCCCUUUCAAGCGAAACGGACGAAUUGGCCGAAGGGAUCAUGCUGUUGCCCUUGUCCCGAAACGAACGACACCAGUGUUCCCUGGUAUCGAGUAUCUCAGCUGUAUGGCAAUUGCGGUCAACGAAGUCAAUGCUGCCGGCGGCCGGGUCGUAACCGCACCGACCAACGGAGCAGCAGGUGUCAUCCCAGCAACGUUGAAGUAUGUCACAGAGUUUAUUUCACAGGAUCCCGAACGAGACACAAUGACGUUUCUCCUCACUGCAUCAGCCAUUGGCAUGUUAUUCAAGCGAGGAGCCACAAUCUCAGCCGCUGAAGGAGGUUGCAUGGCAGAAGUAGGCGUAGCGUGUUCCAUGGCUGCGUCAGGGAUCGCCGCUUGCCUCGGAGCUGAGCCUGAAGUGGUACUGCAAGCGGCUGAAAUUGGUAUCGAACAUAAUCUCGGCUUGACGUGUGAUCCAUUAGGCGGGUUGGUCCAGAUACCCUGUAUAGAGCGUAAUUCGUUAGGCGCCGUCAAGGCCGUCACAGCUGCUCAAUUAGCAAUGGCAGGAGGCGGUCAACAUACUGUAUCUCUCGACGAUGCGAUCGAAGCUUGUCGAACCACAGCACAAGAUAUGCACGUACACUACAAAGAGACUUCGUUGGCUGGUCUCGCAACGACAGUCAAGAUCCCCUUGUCUUCGCCCGCGUGUUGA